AUGCCAGGGUUGAGUUUUGACAAUUACCAGAGAAACCAGUUUCUCACGGCCAAUGGGUAUGCCGCCCCUAAAGCCACAUCUACAGGAACCACGAUUGUUGGAGCCAAGUUCAAAGGAGGAGUGGUGAUUGCUGCUGAUACAAGAGCUACAACUGGUUCUAUAGUUGCAGACAAAAAUUGUGAGAAGUUGCACAGAUUGGCCCCAAGAAUUUGGUGUGCUGGUGCUGGUACCGCCGCCGACACUGAGAUGGUGACCCAAUUGAUUGCCCUGAACUUAGAGUUGCACGCAAUGUGGCAAUCACGCCAGCCCAGAGUAAUCACUGCAUUAACAUUAUUGAAGCAGCACUUAUUCAAAUACCAAGGCCAUUUAGGCGCCUACUUGAUUGUGGCAGGCUCUGACCCUACAGGGUCUCACUUGAUGUCUGUUCAAGCACACGGUUCUACUGAUGUUGGUGAAUAUCUUUCCUUGGGUUCCGGCUCUUUAGCUGCUAUGGCCGUUUUAGAGACACAUUGGAAGCCCGACAUGACCAGAGACGAGGCAGUCAAAUUGUGCGCUGAUGCCAUUGAGGCUGGUAUUUGGAACGAUUUGGGUUCCGGUUCCAAUGUUGACAUUUGCGUGAUGGAAACAGGUAAGGAUGCCGAGCUAUACAGAAACUACUUGACCCCCAACGUUAGAGGGGCCAAGACACAGUCGUACAAGUUCCCAAGGGGUACCACUGGAGUGCUUAGGCAGAGUAUACGCGAUAUUGUCGAUGUGGAAGAGACUGUGGUGGAAUUGGGCCGUCUGGACGCCAUGGAAGUAGAUGCUUGA